AUGACAUCCCUGUUUUUCUCAACCCCUGUCGACAUCGACGUCGUGCUCGAGGAUACCGAUGAGCGCCAGACAGUCGACGUCAAGCUCGACAAGGACCACAAAGAGCGAGUCCCUCUCUACAUGGAUGGCGAGUCGGUCAAGGGCGCAGUGACUGUCAGACCCAAGGAUGGAAAACGAUUAGAGCACACAGGCAUCAAAGUUCAAUUUAUUGGCACGAUUGAGAUGUUCUACGACCGUGGCAGCCAUUACGAAUUUCUUUCGCUCGUCCAGGAACUCGCAGCGCCCGGCGAACUGCAGCAUCCUCAGACGUUUCCCUUCAACUUCAAGAACGUCGAGAAGCAAUAUGAAUCAUACAACGGCAUCAACGUCAAGCUCCGGUACUUUGUGCGAGUGACUGUCUCACGGCGCAUGGCCGAUGUGAUCCGUGAGAAGGACCUCUGGGUCUACUCAUACCGCAUGCCACCGGAGACGAACAGCCCUAUAAAGAUGGACGUCGGUAUCGAGGACUGCCUCCACAUCGAAUUCGAAUACUCCAAAUCUAAAUACCAUCUCAAAGAUGUCAUCGUGGGGCGCAUCUAUUUCCUGCUCGUACGGUUGAAGAUCAAACACAUGGAGCUCUCCAUCAUCAGACGGGAAACUACCGGCACACCCCCGAACCAGUAUAACGAAAGUGAGACGUUGGUGCGCUUCGAGAUCAUGGACGGCUCUCCAUCACGAGGUGAAACGAUUCCAAUUCGUCUGUUCCUCGGUGGGUUCGAUCUCACUCCCACGUUCCGAGACGUCAAUAAGAAGUACUCCACGCGGUAUUACCUUAGCCUGGUCCUGAUCGAUGAAGACGCCCGUCGUUACUUCAAACAAUCCGAAAUCGUCUUGUACCGCCAGGCCCCCGAAAUCGCACCAACACCGCAAGUCGCGCAGCAGCAGCAGAUUCAACAGCAACAACUUCUUGAACAGCAGCAGCAAGCGCAGCAUCUGCCCGGUGCCGCCUCCGUUGGUCCUGGCCGCGGCGCCGCAUAUCAUCAAGGCGUGGCCGCCUCUGUGGCAUAG